UUGUUAUGAAACCCAAACCUAUGGACUCAUCACGUCCCAAGAUUUUCCAGUCACCAGCAGCGGCUGCAGCAGCAGCUUCUGUUACUGCUGCAUACGCCUUAACCAAAGCUGAGAAGCCAUAUUUCACGAAAGCAGAAGAUUCAAACUCUAAGGUAGCUGGAAACAUUCUUUCUGAACAAGAUGUCAGAAAUGACACUGAGGCCAUUAGAGAAGAGAAAAAUGUGUUGCAACUGUCACUUGCAGAAGUCAGAGCAGAAAAUACUAGGAUUAGGGGUCAGAUUGAUGAGAAAAAUGGCACUCAUUCUGAGUUGUCGAAGGAAUUCCUUUCUGUCCAAGGCCAGCUUGUAGCUGAGAGAUCAAGAUGCUUUAAGCUGGAGGCGCAAAUCACAGAAUUGCAAAAGAUGCUGGAGUCAGUCCAGUCAAUAGAGAAUGAGGUACAAGCGCUUCGGAGACAGAAGUCCGACUUUGAACGGGAUGUGGAGCUUGCUUCAGAUGUCCAGAGGCAAGGUUCUGGUGGUGUUUGGCGAUGGAUAGCUGGGGGCAAUGGCAACUCAUAAGAGCUGAAGGUUGGUGCCUAGAAAUUGAAACAGGGAACAAUUCAAUUUGUCAGUAGCCGUAGCUGUCUUUCAAGCCAAAUAAUUUGAUCUUAAGCUCAGGCGGAUUACAACAGUUGCUAUUUGAGGAACCUCUGGUGAUAUUCGAUCCUUGGUCAACAAGCAUAAUGGGGGAAAAUCUUGGAAGUGCUUUGCCCACAUUUAACCACUGUAAAAUCAUUUAUGGAGGUUCGUCUAUGCUGUCUUUUUUUUACUUCCCUUUUUCCUCUUUUGGACUCCCACAAUCAGUUAAUUGUUUUAUAUAUUUUUUUUCUUCAUAUUUAUUCUGUGUUAUUCCUGUACGCUGGUCUUCUUUACUCUUGAUUUCAUAACAUUACAAAAGAACUAAUGACAGUGUUUUGAACAUACCAUCACCAACAUGAAGGUGAUGAAGGUGCUCCAAUUAUAACUUGUUAUGUUGAUUAAAUAUGUGAAACAUCCAAAAUUAAAUUCUA